ACGUGCACAGCCGCUUAGACUUUUCUCGCCCACGACCAACAGUACUCUACUGGCGUCGUCUCCCUUCCCCGACCUCGUUCAACGCCGACCGAUCUAACAUGGGAAACGUUACCAGCUGUUGCGAAUCUUGUUUCUCGUCCCGCAAGUCACAGACAUACGAGCCAUUGCUGUUGGAGAACGAGCGGGAGGCAGUAGCUGACUUGCUGCAGUACCUGGAGAACCGGACGACAACCAACUUCUUCACCGGUUCACCUCUAUCGGCACUCACUAUACUCUCCUUCUCCGACAAUGUCGACCUUCAGCGCAGUGCUGCUUUGGCUUUUGCAGAGAUCACCGAGAAGGAGGUCCGCCCAGUGGGCCGCGACACCCUCGACCCUAUCCUUUUCCUUCUCAGCAGCCACGACACCGAGGUCCAGCGGGCAGCGAGUGCGGCCCUGGGUAACCUGGCCGUCAACACUGAUAACAAGCUUCUCAUCGUGAAGCUUGGGGGCCUCGAGCCAUUGAUUCGCCAGAUGCUCAGUCCGAAUGUCGAAGUGCAGUGCAAUGCCGUCGGAUGUGUUACUAACCUCGCAACCCACGACGACAACAAGACCAAGAUCGCCAAGUCGGGCGCACUCGUUCCUUUGACGCGCCUCGCACGGUCGAAGGAUAUGCGGGUCCAGCGGAAUGCGACGGGAGCUCUGUUGAACAUGACGCAUUCUGAUGAGAACCGGCAGCAGUUGGUCAACGCGGGUGCCAUCCCCGUUCUAGUCAGCCUGCUCAACUCUCCUGAUACCGAUGUGCAAUAUUACUGCACGACUGCUCUCAGCAACAUUGCUGUAGACGGCAACAACAGGAAGAAGCUGGCUCAGACAGAGCCCAAACUGGUCGCGUCCUUGGUUACUCUUAUGGAGAGCCCUAGCCUCAAGGUCCAGUGUCAAGCCGCUCUGGCCCUCCGCAACCUGGCCAGUGAUGAGAAGUACCAACUCGAAAUCGUCAAGGCUGACGGUCUGUUGGCUCUGCUUCGACUGCUUCAAUCCACAUAUCUUCCUCUCAUUCUUUCGUCUGCCGCCUGCGUUCGCAAUGUGUCGAUCCAUCCCCAGAACGAGUCACCCAUUAUCGAGUCUGGUUUCUUGCAACCGCUCAUCAACCUGCUGUCAUUCAAGGAGAACGAAGAGGUACAAUGCCACGCCAUUUCCACUCUUCGGAAUCUUGCGGCUAGCUCCGAGAAGAAUAAGACUGCCAUCGUCAAGGCGGGCGCCGUCCAAUCGAUCAAGGAUCUAGUGCUCGAGGUGCCGAUGAAUGUCCAAAGCGAGAUGACGGCUUGUGUCGCUGUUCUCGCAUUGAGUGACGAUCUCAAGGGCCAGCUGCUCGAGAUGGGUGUCUGCGAGGUCCUCAUCCCUCUAACGAACUCGCCCAGUUCUGAAGUGCAGGGCAACAGCGCUGCUGCUUUGGGCAACCUGUCAUCUAAAGACGGCCGAAGCUCUACCGAGGACUACUCGGCUUUCAAUGACGUUUGGGAGAAGCCCGAGGGUGGAAUGCAUCGGUACCUUCACCGCUUCCUGACAAGCUCAGAUGCGACAUUCCAGCACAUCGCCGUCUGGACCAUUGUCCAGUUGCUUGAGUCGGGAGAUCCUGUGUUGAUCAAUAACAUCCGAGGUUCUGCGCUGCUCAUUCCGAAUAUCAGGCAUCUGGCCAGCUCGCGAGCUUCGUCACACAGCUCGGCCGGUGGAACACCAACAUCGCAUCGUUCUCAGAGCCAGUCGUAUCAGGACACGGAGACCGGUGAGGGCCAGGGCGAGAUUCAGCAGCUGGCUCGCCGGAUCAACGAGAUCCUAGAAGGGGACGACAUGACUGUUGGGAGCCUGCCGGCGGGAUCCCACAUUCAGCCUGGCUCGUUUGACAGCUCGACGGAUGAACUGCGACGAAGCGUUCGGGAAGCAUUUGCGCCUAGCUCACAGCGGUGAUAUGGAUUCUGAUCAUCUUUUCCAUUUCUAUGCCUGUUUUUUUACUGCGUGCUGUGGGUGUAGUGGUUCCCGAACGAUUUAUCUGAAAUCCUGUCGACGUUUAGUACUUAAUUAUCACAUUCCUUUGUAUUACCUUGAUAUCUUCCUUCCUUCUCUUUGGUUAUAUAUAUCAGUCGUCAACGCCGCUUUUGAUUCGUGUAUACGCCCUUCGUAUGACAUCUUAUGCCAGUUUACGCCAGGAAAGGUGAAAU